GGUAAGAGAUGAUUGGCUGUUUGGUAGUGCGUCACAGGGUUUUCACCACUGUGAUUGGCUGAAAACGCUUCGUCACAGUUGCAUAGCGAUCCUGGUGCGGCUGUGGACAGCGACUGAAAAUGAAGAGUUAGCCGUUCACGAGCAACGGCCAGGCCGCCUUAACAUACAGCUGGGUGACUCCCCGCGGUGUCCUGGAGUUGCUAUGAAGGCGGGGGCCUCGUCCAUGUGGGCAUCGUGCUGUGGUCUGCUGAAUGAGGUGAUGGGGACCGGAGCCGUGAGAGGGCAGCAGCCAGGUUUUGGGGCAGGUGCAGGGCCGUUUCGUUUCGCUCCCACUGCAGGAUACUCCACAUACCCGCCCACCAACUCCACCAGCACCAGUCUGGUGUGUCAGGCCUGUGGACAAGCCUUCUCUGUCUUUAGGAGGAGGCACAUCUGUUGUGACUGUAAGAAGAGUUUUUGUUCGCUGUGCUCAGUACUUCAGGAAAACCUGCGCAGAUGCACGACUUGUCAUCUGCUGAAGGGCACUGCAUUCCAGCGUCCACAGCUCAUGCGUCUGCGUGUUAAAGACUUGCGGCAGUACCUCACGUUACGCAACAUUAGCACUGAUACAUGCAGGGAGAAGGAGGACCUUGUGGACUUGGUGCUUUGCCAUCAAGGGGCAGAAAGUGAGGAUGAUCCAGACACACCCUCUCUGCAGUCACGCCCCCUGUAUAGCCCACCGCCUUCAACUGAAGAGCCCACUUCCCCUCUCUCAGCACUCUCUCCAACUCAAGGAGAACCUAUCAGUAGGAGCAACAGCUCAGAGUCCACCAAUCAGGAUAUCGAGGACUCCACUUCAGUCUCACUCCUUAACCUUGACCAGACAGAAUACACGCCUGAGGUUAGUCCUCAGACGCAGCGGCGAGCUAGAGCUUCUCUGUCAGACCUGUCCUCUCUUGAUGAUGUGGAGCAGCUGACCGUGCGGCAGCUAAAGGAGAUCCUGGCGAGGAACUUUGUGAGCUUCUCUGGCUGCUGUGAGAAGUGGGAGCUGGUGGAGCGCGUCAGGAGGCUUUACCGGGAGAACGAGGACAAUCGCAAAUCUAUGGAAAAUGUGAGCAACCCCAUCACUGCAGUGGUAGCUUAUCCCCCUCCAAUCUGCAAUGGCGGAAUCGGAGAUGGUUGCAAAACCCAGUUAUCAAAUGACGACAGCCUGUGUCGCAUCUGUAUGGACGCAAUAACAGACUGCGUGCUGCUGGAGUGUGGUCACAUGGUCACCUGCACUAAGUGCGGGAAGCGCAUGAGCGAAUGCCCUAUCUGCAGACAAUACGUUAUCAGGGCUGUGCAUGUUUUCAAGUCUUAAUACUGCUGGGAGAACAUCCCGCUCCACCUGCGGACCGUUUUGCAUUAGAGACUCGGUGAGGAUGUGCACAGCAAGUGCCCCGUCUUUACAUUGGAUCAGUGCGGAAGAUAAAAUUCUCUGCUUAAUUUUUCAUGAAGUUUCAGGAAGCCUUCAGACAGUGGUCCGCAAUGGCUUUGUCCAUAAAUGCUUCAAUAAAAACAUUCCGCAAGCUCUUCAAAGAGGCUCUGUAAUAAUAUGCAAUUGUUCAGCAGCAACACCUCACAGCCUUGAUUUGAUGUCCUACAGCUUCUGACAGACAUUCUGUUCACCUGUCACAUGCGAGCACUGUGAGAAACUCAAAAUAUUGAGAAUUACUCAUGUGUGUUCAUCAUCAUGGAAGGAUCUGAAUGUUCCUGUUGUUCUUUUAUUUCCAUUUUUGUUGCAACAUCUGUGUAUGGGCUUCUGUUUCCCGUUUGGAUUGUGUAGCUUCUAAGAUUCUUGAACAACGUUUUGGAGUUUCUGCAUGUUACAUUGUACCUCCUUAUAACUUGACACUGGUACCAUUCAGUCAGUGAUUUCAUAAGUGGCAUAAUGAACAUGUUUUGUGGUCAUUCUCUGGAUUCAGCAGUCCUCUGUUUUUUUUAUUUAUUUUUUUUAUCAUAUGACUUCCUUUCUUUGUCAAAUGUCUUAAGAACAUUUGCUAGUUUCUCAGUCACCACUGUUCUUUUGGGUCAUGCGACUUUUGAGUAUGUGACUGGAAAACCAGCCUAGAAACCUGUGGUUAAAUCAGUGUAAGUGGUGAUAAAUGAGAAGGGAUAGAACUGUUUCGUAUGCAAAGUAGGACCAUAAAUGGGCACAGUGUAACUGAGAGUCAAUAUAAUUCGAAAAUGUGCAUUUUAUGUAUGUGCAAAGUAACAAUAACUUAAUCAAAAUGCAAAGUGUAAAACAAGAGGGAUGAUUAAGGUGCCAAAAGAUGCCUUUCUCUCUCUUCAGUGCACUACUACAGUUGCUUUUCAGUUGUUGUUAGUACUUGAAUUGAUGUGUUUAAGUCGGAAAAC